AUCAAACAAACACCGUUUCUUUACCGCAGUUUAGCUAGCAGCUAGUUAGCAUUUCGGGAUUUCCGGAAGACUUUUAGACAGAAUAAGUGACUUUACUCAGUGUUUAGGGAAUUAUCCUCCUUCUCUCUGAGUGGGGUCCUCUGUGUGACAGUGAUAAAGUACCGGUCCGGUCCCCGGUCUCUGGAGGGGAGAGAGUCCGUUAGCCUUCAGCUCCUGUCCCCGGUCUCUGUGUAUCGAUCCGACAGCCUCCAUCAGUGUCUGCUGAACGCUCGGCUGCCGCUGAAAGGACUCGUCUAAGAGGAGCCACCAUGGUGCGUCUGACCAUCGAUCUGAUCGCUAAAUCUAGAAACCACUUCAAGAAGAAAAGAGGCCUCUCCUUCCCCGAGUAUCUGAGGACGCUCACACACCUCCACUUCUUCAGCAAGAACAUCGAGGACAUAGGGGAUCUCUCCAUGUGCAGGAACCUCACCGUCCUCUACCUGUAUGACAACCACCUCACACACAUCUGCAACCUGGGCUUUGCCUGCAACCUCACACACCUGUACAUGCAGAACAACAACCUCACGCACAUCGACAACCUGCACAACCUGCAGAGGCUCAACAAGCUGUACCUGGGAGGGAACAGGAUCGCGGUGGUGGAGGGUUUGGAGAAUCUGCCGGAUCUCAGCGAGCUUCACCUGGAGAACCAGAGGCUGAACCCGGGGGAGAAGCUGCUCCUCGACCCCAUGACCCUCCUCUCCCUCGCUGAAAGUCUCUGUGUCCUGAACAUCAACAACAACAACAUCGAUGACAUCAGAGACCUGAUGGUGCUGAAGGAGCUCCGACACUUCUCUGCUGCAGACAACAGACUGCACAAUCUGGAGGAGUUGGAGGACGUGUUGGGUCUCUUGCCUCGGCUGCUUCACAUGGAUCUGAGAGGGAAUCCUGUCUGUAAGAAACAGAAGUACAGAGACCGCCUGAUCACAGCGGGGAGGAACCUCGAGGUUCUGGACGGCAGGGAAAUUAACGAGAUGACCAGACAGUUCCUCAUUAACUGGAAAGCGUCUAAAGAGGCCAAGAAGAAGAAGCAUGUGAUGAGCGGACUGCUGAUCCCUUUAACCAAUGACUUCAAUGUGGGUCAGGGUCCACACCCGGGUCAGAACACGUACAGCCCGGUGAAAAUGCAGCGCUGGAAGCCGACGCAGCCGUCUCUCAGGGCCCAGAAACUAAAGAUGUCCAUGAGCGGACUCCUCAAUCAUGUUUCUGUCUCAGCAUCGCCCAUCUGCAGUCAAGUGGAUGCAUAACACACACACACACACACACACACACACACACACACACACACACACACACACACACACACACACACACACACACACACACACACACACACACACACACACACACACACACACACACACAGCGGUUGCUCUGUAUAUUUACCCGGACACAGAGCUGUCACUGUG